AUGAUAGCCAACGCACCGCCAACUGUCUCCCCUCCGUUAAUGACCCCAGGAGAGGUGCCGAUAGUGCUAAAACGAGAUUCAUCAGGGAGCCGCAAAAAAGGCAGCAUUGAUCUCGGUCCAGCGCAGCCUGAUGUCGCUAGAUCUCGUUCUUCGUCGACUUCGAGUCUAUCGAUCCCCUUCCGUGAAAGUGAUGCGGAGGUCGUUACGGUGGAAGGAUUACCUCACGCCGAUGUCGAGUUAAAGGCUAGGCAAUACAAAACUGCCACCUUCGCCCAAACCCUUCUCUGCCUCCUGCGCACCUUGAACAUACCAUCGUGGUGUGAUGGAGGAGCUCCGACGGACACCCUGAUGAUUCAGAAGGUGUCAGGUUCUUUGACUAAUGCCGUUUUCUUCGUCUCUCGGUCAGGAUCCCGCACACUUCUCCUUCGCAUUUACGGCGCCUCCUCCGCUUCCCUGAUCUCUCGCCCACGCGAACUUCAUACCCUUUACAUACUCUCUUCGAGGUAUCGCAUCGGACCGAGAAUUUACGGUACCUUUGGGAAUGGCCGUGUAGAGGAAUACUUCGACUCAGUUCCUCUGACGGCAGAGGCAUUACGAGACCCUAAAGUCAGUCGCUGGAUUGGUGCUAGGAUGGCAGAGCUCCACUGCGUGGACGUGGAUUUCAUCGAGGGGACGUCUCCAGAUGCUGCCGCAAAGGGAGGCCAUUGGGAAAUCGCGGCUACCAAGAAUUUCCGCUCUUGGCUACCAGCGGCUAGGGAGGUCUUAUCCUUACCCGCUGUCUCCCCUCGUUUGAGAGAAGAACUGGACCUCGACACUUUCGAGCGAGAAUGGGAACGAUACAUGCUGUGGCUGGACAGCUAUGAACACAAGAAUGGUGCGAGCCCCAGGGUCUUCUGCCAUAACGACACGCAGUACGGCAAUCUACUCAGGUUGACGUCUGUCAAGGAGGGCAUGUCUGAACACCGACAGAUUAUUGUAGUCGAUUUCGAGUAUUCGUCUGCAAACGCUGCUGCGUUCGACAUGGCUAACCAUUUCCACGAAUGGACAGCUAAUUAUCACACGACCACACCGCAUCUUCUCACUCCGUCGCUCUACCCCACUGUGGCACAACGCCGAAACUUCUAUCAGGCCUAUCUCUCGCAUUAUCGCAUGAAUUCUUCCUCUUCGGAGAUGAAAGACGUAGAAGAGUUUGAUCUGCAUACACUGGACUCCCAAGUUCAGGCGUGGAGUCCGGCUUCUCAUGCUUUCUGGGCUGUGUGGGGUAUUGUCCAAGCUCGCGAAGAUCUGGAGAAUGGAGAGCGCGAACCCGAGUUUGACUACAUCGGAUACGCCAAGUGUAGAAUGGACGGGUUCCGAAGGGAAGUCCAAGCCCUGUACGAAGGAAGGCGUUAG